CAUACAAGAAAUCAAGGAAGCAUGGCUGAUUUAAAUUGUUUUGGGAUGUAACAACUCGAUUUACAAUCAUUGUGAAACUCUUACACGGACAGUUCUUGGUGAGAAGGACGGAAGGGCGAAUUAUAAAAUAAUUGGAAAUGUAAGGGGUUGGGUACAUUAAAGAACUAAUAAAAAGGAAAACAGAAUUUGGCUUAUCUGAUACAGGUUUAUUAAAACCGUACUAACGCGACAUCAACUGUCUUCGAUGUCAAUGAGCCGCAUGGUUCUAGUUUUGCACCUUUAAAUUAGAUGCAAUCCGCCAAAGUCAAAGAAUAAGAAGCAGGAGUCCUGCGUGGGAUUUUACUAACUGCUUCGGUUUUGGUGGAAAAAUGCUAGUUGUCAAAUGACUCAGGGACUGAGUUUGAGUCUUGUAGAUGACACUUCCCGGUCUAUGUAGGCUAUGGCAUGGCGAGCGAGAUGACCCAAGGCAGACGCUUUCAAUGAAAUCGCAAGAAGAUCGCAUGCUUAAACACAAGUCAACACUGGACUCAGAAUGGAUAAGAUUAAAGAAAAGAACACGGCUCGAAGCUGGUGCCGCAUCUACUGGAGUUUAUGAAUAACUUCUGUUAUGCUGGUUAACGGGGUCUACAUUAGUUACUAGCCUACUACUCGUCUAACGUUUUCCGUCCUCUUUGGAGUUAAAAACGCAACUUCCUACAUCGCUUCGUGGACUUAUUGGUAGAAAGUGACUGUAUGGUUGAGCCCCCUCGCUGGGUGGAUAGCAGCGAUGGACAUGGACCCGCCGGCGUGCCCCUCCCCCCAGCAUGACGUCUGUCCGCCAGAGAGCCCCGCCCAGCUCGGGGCGGACCGUGACCCCGUCUCCGACCUCAAGCAGGCGGCGGUGACCUGCCUGAGGGUGCACCUGUACCACGUCUCAAGGGGAGGGUCCGGGGGGGCCAGCGGUGGGGACGUCCUCACCUACCCUCCAGGGGACUACGUGGCCGAGGCACUGUGCGUCGACGCAGCCAAAGCAUGCGGCCUUUCUCCGAUCUACAGCAGUCUCUUUGGUUUGAUGAGAGAGAGCGACCACAUGUGGUUCCCGCCCAACCACAUCCUCAAGCUGAAUGACUCAGCCAAUGAGAGCCUCCUCUUCAGACUGAGGUUCUACUUCCCAGGCUGGUACGAGUCUGGCCCCUCCAGUGCCCACAGGUAUGGAGUGUCCACGGGACAGGAGGCUCCCGUGUUGGAUGACUGUGGUCUGGCUUACCUCUUCACCCAGUGCCGUAGUGACUUUGUGAGUGGCCGUGUGAGUGUGCAGGUGAGCCACGAGGCCCAGGAAGAGUGUCUGGGCAUGGCCGUGCUGGACAUGAUGAGGCUGGCCAAGGAACUGGGCCAGUCCCCUGUCGACAUCUACCACGACAACAGUUAUAAGUCCUUCUUGCCCAAGGCUAUGCGGGCCUGUAUCCAGGAAUACAACUUUGUUACCAGAAAGAGGAUCCGCUUCAGGUUCAAGAAGUUCAUCGAGCAGUUCAGCCAAUGCAAAGCCACGGCCCGCGACCUCAAGCUGAAAUACUUGAUGAACCUGGAGUCCCUGCAGAUGGCCUUCUUCUCCGAGAGCUUCUGGGUCAGCGAGGCCUCCGCCGGGGAGGUCACCAUCGUCGUCACUGGCAACCACGGCAUCCAGUGGUCCUCUGGAAAUGAAGGAGAGAAGGGAGAUCAGGAGCUGCAGACGUACUGUGACUUCCCAGAGGUGAUUGACAUCAGCAUCAAGCAGGCCAACAAGGACAGCUUUGUGGAGAGCCGCAUCGUCACCAUCAACAGGCAGGACAACCAGACUCUGGAGCUGGAGUUUCAUUCGCUCCCAGAGGCUCUAUCCUUUGUUUCAUUGGUUGAUGGGUACUACCGGCUGAUUGCUGACGCUCACCACUUUCUGUGUAAAGAAGUGGCUCCUCCCAGAUUACUGGAAGCCAUACAGAGCUACUGUCACGGCCCCAUCUCGAUGGAGUUCACCAUCAGCAAACUCCGUCGCUCUGGCAACCACCGUGGGGCGUACAUCCUACGCAGCAGCCCCAAGGACUACAACAAGUACUUCCUGUCCUUCAUUGUGGGCUGUGACGGCAUGGUGGAGUAUAAGCACUGCCAGAUAGUGAAGUCGGAGAUGGGGGAGUACAUCCUGAGUGGAGCGAAGAAGAGCUUUGGCAGCCUACGCGACCUUCUCCACCGCUACCAGAAGGAGGCGCUGCGCUCCGACGGCCACAUCUUCCAGCUGGCAAAGUGCUGCCCGCCCAAGGCCAGAGAUAAGUCCAACCUGCUGGUGUGCAGGUCCAACCAGGGGGUGGACGUCCCUAUGACCCCCUCCCUCCACAGACACAUCAGCCAGAUGGUCUUCCACAAGAUCCGCCAAGAGGACCUGGAUAUUAAAGACAGCCUGGGUCAGGGGACUUUCACCAAGAUCUUCUACGGCGUGCGGAAGGAGCUGGGAGACUAUGGGGAGAUGCAUCAGAUGGACGUCAUCGUGAAAAUCCUGGACAAAGCUCACCGCAACUACUCAGAGUCGUUCUUCGAAGCUGCCAGCAUGAUGAGCCAGCUGUCCCACAAGCACCUGCUUCUCACCUACGGAGUGUGUGUGUGUGGGGAGGAGAACAUGAUGGUGCAGGAGUACGUCAAGUUUGGAUCCCUGGACACCUACCUGAAGAAGACCAAAGGCUCGCUCAGUAUCCCCUGGAAACUGGAGGUGGCCAAGCAGCUUGCCUGGGCUAUGCACUACCUGGAGGAUAAAGGCCUGGUCCAUGGUAACGUGUGUGCCAAGAACGUUUUGCUGAUUCGAGAGGAGGACAGAAAGCUGGGGAACCCCCCCUUCAUCAAACUGAGCGAUCCUGGAAUCAGCAUCACCGUACUCCCCCGAGACGUGUUGGUGGAGCGUAUCCCCUGGGUGCCCCCCGAGUGUGUGAACGACCCUCGAAACCUGAGCUCGGCCACGGACAAGUGGGCGUUCGGGACCACACUGUGGGAGAUCUGCAGCGGAGGAGACAAGCCCCUGGGAACGCUGGACUGCUCCAAGAAGUUCCUGUUCUACGAGGACCGCCACCAGCUGCCCGCUCCUAAGUGGACGGAGCUGGCCAAUCUGAUCACCAGCUGCAUGGACUACGAGCCGUGUCACAGGCCGUCCUUCAGGGCCGUCAUCCGAGACCUCAACAGCCUCUUCACACCAGACUAUGAGCUGCUGGUGGAGAGUGACAUGGUUCCCACCAGGAGCAGAGGGUUCCCGGGGACCUUUGACAGUCUGGAGCCAGCCCAGUUUGAAGAACGUCACCUCAUCUUCCUGAAACAGCUGGGCAAGGGUAACUUUGGCAGUGUGGAGAUGUGCCGCUACGACCCCCUCCAGGACAGCACGGGGGAGGUGGUGGCCGUGAAGAAGCUGCAGCACAGCUCGGCCGAGCACCUCCGCGACUUCGAGCGCGAGAUCGAGAUCCUCAAGUCCCUCCAGCACGACAACAUCGUCAAGUACAAGGGCGUCUGCUACAGCGCCGGGCGCAAGAACCUGCGUCUGAUCAUGGAGUACCUCCCCUACGGCAGUCUGAGAGACUACCUGGUCAAGAACAGGGAACGCUUUGACUUCAAGAAGUUACUGCACUACUCCUCACAGAUCUGCAAGGGCAUGGAUUACUUGGCCACCAAGCGUUACAUCCACAGAGACCUGGCUACCAGGAACAUCUUGGUGGAGACUGAGAUGAGAGUGAAGAUUGGAGACUUUGGCCUCACCAAGGUCCUGCCCCAGGACAAGGAGUACUAUACAGUGAGAGAGCCAGGAGAGAGCCCCAUCUUCUGGUACGCCCCUGAAUCUUUAACGGAGAGUAAGUUCUCGGUGGCGUCUGACGUGUGGAGCUUUGGAGUUGUCCUCUACGAACUCUUCACCUACAGUGACAAGAAUCACAGCCCACCAGCAGCGUUCAUGGACGAGAUGGGCAGUGACAAGCAGGGUCAGAUGAUCGUGUACCACCUGAUCGACCUGCUCCUGAAGCGAGGCUACAGACUCCCAGCCCCUGACGGCUGUCCACCUGAGAUCUAUAAUGUCAUGUCAGAGUGCUGGAACAGUGAUCCAUCUCUCAGACCCUCCUUCAAGAAGCUGGCCCAGACUGUGGACUCGAUCCGGGACAGCAAGGGCAGCUGAAGCCACGCCCGUCCGACACCUGACCCCCUUCACCAGGUGUUGGGGGCGAGAGGCGUGGGGGGGGGGCUGAACUCAGUGGUCCCACCUGACCCGCCCUGGGAGUGAACUAGUGGACAGCAUCAGAGGCGGCCCUAGACUGACCUCUGACCUUGGAAGUUCCUCUCUCUGUGCUCCAGGAAGGUUGUCUGUUGUAAUGUGCAUCUGUUCUCAUGGAUAUGGGACUGUGGACUCUUGAACAGGAGCCUGUUUGGUCAGUGGUGGUGGUGGUGUUGUUGAUGCUGUUGUUGUUUACUGCUAUAAUGACAGUAUCAGGCCAGACGAAAAGACCCACCCACAGAGCACACUGUGCAGUAACAGACUGAACCGCUUCUCUCUCAUGUCUGCUGGAUGUUGAAUGGUGUCUUUUCCUCUGAUAGAAAAACAACUCUAGGCCAAGUCCAAAAGCACAUCCUUAUGCUUUUAAUAUUUCAGCAUGUCGCACACAGCAGCAAGGGACUUGCACACCAGGGUUUAAAAGCUAAGCUUUGUAAAGAGCGCCGUUUUAUUAAACAAAAACAAGACCGAAAAACUCAAAGCCAAACCAAGCUGAAGAAUCCUCCUCGCUUGCUCCGUCGGUGAAUUGGAGCCCAGUUUGUUAUUGACAGUAUUGGGUUUGCUGCCGGAGUCAGGCUCUCACCCGCAUGUUGGCUUGUCUUCCCCGCUCUCCGUUUGUCCUGCUCUGCUUUUUUUUCUCGUCUCCCAACGAGCUGGUGUGGCUCCGCCCAGCUGACGGGGAGGCGGGGAGGGGACAAACCUCCCCUCCAUGGCACGCCUCUGGGGCACCCUCUGGGCCGCUGGGGCACACACACCAGGGGAGGUUCUAGAACAUUUCAACUGGGGGGGCCAAGCUGGGGGGGCC